AUGGCUACGAAUGAGGCGGGAGGAAUCAGUCACUACCCCUUGGCUCCUGGUUGGUCCCCUUCUCCAUGUCUUGGCGCUAUCGUCAAAGUGGAACAGCCACCACCACCACCACCUGCAAACUACACGGCCACUCCGUUGAUGAUGACUGAAGAGGAUCAAUCUGAGAUAAUCUAUUAUCUCGGAGAUUCAGAGAUUCAAUUGAUGAUAUCUCGUCUUCAUCAAUGCACAGUUCUUCAAGCUUCUGCUGUUGUUGUGUCGUGGUUAAAGAUGUCGGGUAUGUACCUCCUCGGAACUGACGGCACGGCUACCGGCCUGUUUCGUCUCGGCGCUGUCCUCUCACUUUCUCCAGUUCCAGCUCUCACAGUGAUUGUCCCCUUCUCACGCCGAUUACCCGGCAUCAAGCCACCUCAGCGAAAUCUACAGUUUCCCUUCCACUUGUAA